GCCCUCCGCCGCCGACCCUCCCCGCUCUCUCCCACCCUCAUCACCUCCUCGCACGCCACGUCCCUAUCCUUCCCCUUCCUCUGCCACAAGCAAGCAGAGAGAAACCCCAAGCCAGCAGGGAGAAACAACGCCGGCGACCACACACAGCCGUACAAGAUUGAUUCGCACGCGCGCCGCGAGGAGCAGGAGCGGCCGAUGAUGAGCGACGGCCGGGUCCACCCGGCGGCCACCAGCUCCGACUUCUCCGGCGAGUACGCCUACUCCUCCUCCGACCCCUCCUCCAGCCCGCUCUACAGCUUCCACUUCGAGAAGCCCAUCCCGCCGCCUCCCCCGCAUCCCCAAAAGCCGCCGGGGCCGCUGCCCGGCACGUACGUGGUGCAGGUGCCCAAGGACAAGGUCUUCCGCGUGCCGCCGCCGGAGAACGCGCGCCUCUUCCAGCACUACACGCGCCGCGCCAAGCGCCGCGCCGGCUGCUCCUGCCUCCGCGCCUGCCUCUACGCCGUCAUCAUCGUCCUCUCCCUCGCCGUCCUCCUCGCCGCCGCCGUCGGGGCCGUCUACCUCGCGUUCAAGCCCAGGCAGCCGUCCUACUCCGUCGUGUCCCUCGCGGUAUCCGGCCUCGCCGGCGUCGGCAACGCCUCGGCCCCCGGCGCGCUCUCGCCGGGGUUCGCCGCGACCGUCCGCGCCGACAACAGCGCCAACGCCAAGGUCGGCGUGCACUACGACGGCGCCGGGAGCCGCGUCGCCGUGUCGUACGAGGGCGUGCGCCUGGCGGAUGGCGCGUGGCCGGCCUUCUACCAGGCGCCGGGCAACGUCACGGUGUUCGUGACGAGGGCCAAGGGCGCCGGGAUACGGUUCGCGGAGCGCGAGCGCGGGCAGAUGGCCGCGGCGGAGCGGCUCCGGUCGGUGCCGUUCGACGUGGACAUCACGGUGCCCGUGCGGCUGCAGCUCGGCGGGGUGAGGACGUGGGCCGUGCCGGUGACGGUGCGGUGCGCCAUGGCGGUGGACCGGCUCGCCGCCAGCGCCAAGGUGGUGUCCAGGUCCUGCGACGUCAAGGUGCCGUUCCUCUUCUGGAGGAAUUGAAGACGCCGAUGCAAGAAAAAAUGGUUACUGGCUGAUUAGGAGAGCAGUUCUUGCAGGUGGCAGCAAAGGAUUCUUGCUGCUUCCGUGAUGUUUUUUCUCCCCAUUAAUUUGUACUGUAUGUUGGUUUGAUCGAGCAAUGUUAAUUCUUUUGUCCGUCGA